AUGAAACCUAGACUUCCCAAAAUAAUUUAUAAUAACAAGGCAAAAUCUAUAUUGGGUGAAAUCAACAAAAUUCUGGAUUCCAAAAUAACAACUGGUAUACCCAUCGAAAAUCUACACAGCCUUAUUUAUAGUAGAGCAGCAGCGGUGCUAACACUAAACAAACAGAAAAUCUCCACGGACACUCAAGUUAAAAAUGUCCCAGUCACGCCAGCAUGGCACCGCCGAAUUACUAAUAAAAUCGAUAGUAUCAGGCGGGACAUAGGAAUUCUGACACAAAAUCAAAGCUUGAACCCCAGCAGCUCAGUCACUAAGAAAGCCAAAGCCAUUCUUGAAAGGGAACAAAGCCUCGAAAAUCCAACAGCAACAGAAAUACUGGAUCACCUUAAACAAAAACUCAAGGCUAUGGCUAAAAAACUCCGAUGGUAUAAGGAAAGCAACACAAGACGUCAACAUAAUAGUCAGUUUAGCAGGAGUGAAAGGAGCUUUUAUAAGAAUUUAGAGUCUGAAGAUCACGAGAUUGAAACCCUGCAAGAAAAUAAGGUCCCCACACCAGAAGCCAUGAAAACGGCCUCAGUACCGGAAGCCAACAGACCACCAUCUGCUGCUGAGCUGGAAUUCGAAAGGGUUCAUUUGCUUUAUGAUGGAAUGGACCCUAUGAUGAAACCUAGACUUCCCAAAAUAAUUUAUAAUAACAAGGCAAAAUCUAUAUUGGGUGAAAUCAACAAAAUUCUGGAUUCCAAAAUAACAACUGGUAUACCCAUCGAAAAUCUACACAGCCUUAUUUAUAGUAGAGCAGCAGCGGUGCUAACACUAAACAAACAGAAAAUCUCCACGGACACUCAAGUUAAAAAUGUCCCAGUCACGCCAGCAUGGCACCGCCGAAUUACUAAUAAAAUCGAUAGUAUCAGGCGGGACAUAGGAAUUCUGACACAAAAUCAAAGCUUGAACCCCAGCAGCUCAGUCACUAAGAAAGCCAAAGCCAUUCUUGAAAGGGAACAAAGCCUCGAAAAUCCAACAGCAACAGAAAUACUGGAUCACCUUAAACAAAAACUCAAGGCUAUGGCUAAAAAACUCCGAUGGUAUAAGGAAAGCAACACAAGACGUCAACAUAAUAGUCAGUUUAGCAGGAGUGAAAGGAGCUUUUAUAAGAAUUUAGAGUCUGAAGAUCACGAGAUUGAAACCCUGCAAGAAAAUAAGGUCCCCACACCAGAAGCCAUGAAAAAGUUUUGGGAAUCAACCUGGGGAAACCGUGUGAUUCACAAAAAUACCAGAUGGCUGUUUGACGAGAGGACGUCUACAUCUAACCUACAGACAAUGUCGCGUGUCGGCAUCAUGGAAGAGAGCUCUGAGGAGCAAAUCCCGUUGGUGUAG